UUUUUUGUAUUUAAAUAAGCUACCGUUGAUUUUUAUUUGUUGUUCUUCUCUCAUCAUUACAAAAAAAAAAGAAUGUAUUUCUUACUUGUAUCAGUGAUUUUAUUUAUUCAAAUCUGUACAGCAGCUGUUACCAUUACACCUGAUACCAACAUCAGACCUCAAUCGUUAUUCUAUCAACUUGAAACUUAUUUGCCAGUGGCUGCAGAAACACAUGAAUUGAUCAUAGUGCCUACCACCAACAUGUUAUUGAUCUCUCAAAUGAGCAAUAGUGUUUUACUCAAAGCUGAAAUGGAUGGUGCCGUGGUCAAGCAACUUGCUGCUUUUCAAAUCGACCAACCUACCUCUGGUUUACAUGGUCUAACGAAUUCUAAAGCCAAUCCUGGCAAGGUAUGGGCUACCUUGGAAACGGCCAAUAAACUUCUUUUGUUGGAUCCCGCUGUGACCACUGUGGCUGGCACGCCUACCGUGGUUCAAGAAAUUGAUAUCCCUAGCCCUGGCAAAGGUCCUCAUUAUGUUGGUGAAUACGGUGAUGAUCUGUGGGUGACACUCAGAGAAAGCAGACAUGUGUUGCGCAUCAGUCAUAAAAACUCUACCAACUUUGAUCUUUUCCAAGCCCUCCCUGUGCCUAUCUUUGUCGCCCAGCAUCCUGUCAACAAUAUGUUUUAUAAUUCUCAAGAUAAUUCCAACAAGAUCAUGAAGAUUGAUCCUACCACCAAGACCACCACUCAAAUAGAUAUUCCUACCAACGAGGGUGAAAAGCCUGUGGGUAUGAUCAGUGGUCCUCAAGGUGUUUGGUUUACUUUGUUGGGUAAUACUACUGCUGGUCCAGGUACCUUUGGUCGUAUUAAUGCCGAUGAUCAACUUCAAUUUUUCCAUUUGAAACGAGAUCUGGGUGCUAAUGCCGCCUUGCUUCAUCUUACCUUUGGUGAUGAUCCUAAUACAAAUCAAAUUGUUCUUCUGGCCUCUUCCAUCAUCAAUCCCAAUGCCAUCGAUAUGAUGAUCGUCGUCACCUUUGAUGCUACAUGGUCUAACAUCACUUAUGAACAAUAUACCGCCUUACCUACUCAAAAAUGUAAAGCACACCGUAUUUUGAAAACUGGUAAAUAUUAUAUGGCCACUGAAUUAACAGCAUCUACGCUGUUUACUGCUUAUCAAGCUGCUUAACUAGAAAGUAUUUUAUAAUAAUAUAUAAUAAAAC